AUGUCGAACUCGAGCAGGAAGGACUUUGACGUGAAGCACAUCUUGCGCCUCCGCUGGAAACUGUUCAGUCACCCGGCGGCGCCCGCGGGCGGCUGUUUGCAACCGGACGGCAGCUUCGAGCACUGGGGCCCGAGCCAGAGCCGGCUGCUGAAGAGCCAGGAGCGAAGCGGAGGAGGAGGAGGGGGAGGCGCCUUCUGGAAGAAAGCCUCCUCCGCCUCGCCCUCGCAGUCUUCGGCCGCCGCCUGCCCGCCGCCCUGCGCCGUCUCUUCCCUGCCCCUCAACGGGACGUCGCUGCCGGCCACCCGGCUCCAUGGGCUGGCCGAGCCGCAAGGCCCCCCGCCGGCCCCUCGCACCAUCUUCUACGUCGAGUCUCUGGACGAAAGGCCAGGUGGUGGAGGAGGAGGAAGCAGCGGGGGCGACUUCGCUGAGUUCCCCCGCCCGGAGGAGAAGGCGCUGGUGCUGCGCGAAGUCAAGGGGGAGCCGCUGCCCUUCGCCGAUGGAGGCGGCCGGGCAACAGGUGAAGGCGCCGCGCACAGGCUCUCAGCGACCAACCAUCCUUUGACUCCUCAAUGCGAUAUGGACCUUAGCACUUCUGAAGAAUUCUACCAAGCUGUUCACCAUGCUGAGCAGACCUUCAGAAAAAUGGAAAGCUACCUGAAGCAACAGCAACUCUGUGACGUUAUUUUGAUUGCUGGGAACCGUAAGAUACCUGCACACAGGCUUGUACUCAGCUCAGUGUCGGAUUACUUUUCGGCCAUGUUUACGAAUGAUGUUUGCGAAGCCAAACAAGAAGAAAUCAAAAUGGAAGGCAUUGACCCUGGUGCCCUUUGGGAUCUCGUUCAGUUUGCGUAUACAGGUUGUUUGGAACUUAAGGAAGAUACCAUUGAAAACCUCCUGGCAGCUGCGUGUCUCCUUCAACUCCCUCAAGUAGUUGAAGUCUGUUGUCAUUUCCUCAUGAAGCUUUUGCAUCCAUCCAACUGUUUGGGGAUCCGGGCUUUUGCAGAUGCUCAAGGAUGCACAGAACUUAUGAAGGUGGCUCACAGUUACACCAUGGAGAACAUCAUGGAGGUGAUUAGAAAUCAAGAAUUUUUGCUGCUGCCAGCUGAGGAACUGCACAAACUUCUUGCCAGUGAUGAUGUGAAUGUUCCUGAUGAAGAAACCAUUUUCCAUGCCUUAAUGAAGUGGGUCAAAUAUGACCUUCAAAGGAGAUGCAAUGAUUUGAGUAUGUUACUUGCCUACAUUCGACUACCACUUCUUCCACCACAGAUUUUAGCGGACCUAGAAAACCAUGCACUUUUUAAAGAUGACUUGGAAUGUCAGAAGCUGAUUCUGGAAGCCAUGAAAUACCAUCUUUUACCAGAAAGACGAACACUUAUGCAAAGUCCAAGAACAAAGCCGAGGAAAUCUACCGUCGGGACCUUGUAUGCUGUUGGAGGAAUGGACAACAAUAAAGGUGCUACAACCAUUGAGAAGUACGAUCUUAGAACCAAUAUAUGGAUCCAGGCUGGAGUCAUGAAUGGAAGAAGGCUACAGUUUGGUGUGGCUGUUAUUGACGACAAGCUCUUUGUUAUUGGAGGGCGAGAUGGCUUAAAGACAUUAAACACAGUCGAAUGUUAUAAUCCAAAGACAAAAGCGUGGACAGUCUUGCCUCCAAUGUCUACUCACAGACAUGGCUUAGGAGUUACUGUUCUUGAAGGGCCCAUUUAUGCAGUAGGAGGUCAUGAUGGCUGGAGCUAUUUGAAUACAGUCGAGAGGUGGGAUCCACAAAGUCAACAGUGGACCUUUGUGGCCAAUAUGUCCAUUGCCAGAAGCACCGUUGGGGUGGCAGCUUUAAAUGGCAAGCUGUAUCUCAGUCGUGGCCGAGACGGAAGUUCCUGCUUGAGUUCUAUGGAGUAUUAUGAUCCUCACACCAAUAAGUGGAACAUGUGUGCUCCAAUGUGCAAAAGAAGAGGAGGAGUUGGAGUGGCCACCUGUGAUGGUUUUCUUUACGCCGUCGGAGGCCAUGAUGCCCCUGCCUCUAACCAUUGCUCCAGACUCUUGGAUUAUGUUGAGAGGUAUGACCCCAAAACUGAUACCUGGACGAUGGUAGCCCCAUUGAGCAUGCCUCGUGAUGCUGUUGGUGUUUGCAUCCUUGGUGAUAAGUUAUAUGCGGUGGGUGGCUACGAUGGCCAGACGUACCUAAAUACAAUGGAGUCGUAUGAUCCACAGACCAACGAAUGGACACAGAUGGCAUCUCUAAAUAUUGGACGAGCUGGGGCCUGCGUCGUAGUCAUAAAGCAACCAUGA